GUCCAUAUCAUAGCAGGUACAAAAUACAAAACUCGCCAUCAAAAAAGAGAUAGCCGCUCCGGCACGCAUUCCUGGGGUACAGGCGCAAAAACCGCGGACCGCAAGAGAUCCGCCAUGGCGCAAAUCGCACCGGGCCCGCCACCCGAGGCGCGCCGGCCCACAACAACGCCAGCAACAACGCCGCUGGGGACCGCGCUGGUCGCGGCCGCCGAGGGCAGCGUCGCGGCUCUCGAGGCCUUCGCCGCCGCCGAGGGCGCGCUCGACGAGCGGCGCCUCGAGGCGAUCGCGGCGCGCCUGUCGACGAUCGCGCGGCGGCGGCGCGCGCCGGCCGACGGCGGCGCCGCCGAGGAAAGCGAGCCCGCGGCCUCGGCGAACGGCAAGGAGGCGCAGCGCAAGGCGCACCGCCGGCUGCUAAUCGAGCGCUUCAAAGCGCUCGACGCCGACGCCGACGGCGAGGUCGACGCGGACGAGUUCGCGGCAGGCGUCGCCUCGACCGACCCGGGCGGCUUGACGCUCCGCGAGGCGAAAGCCCUAUUUAGGAGCGUCGACGAGAACGGCGACGGGACGAUGGACCAGAUGGAGUUCAUCAGCCUCAUGGAGAGUCGGCACCCGCUCCUCCGGCGCGUCGCGUGGGCGGCCGAGAUCCAAGACGCGCUCGGCGGCGGCGGCGACGACGACGGCGGCGUCUGGGUCGAUCCGAACGCGACGCACGUCGGGAUGAUCUCGCCGCACGGAAGGUUCCGCGUCGGCUGGGACCUGGCGACGGCGCUGCUGCUCGUCUACGUCGCGGUCAUCGAGCCGCUGCGCCUCGGCUGGCCGUCGUACUUUGCGUCGGAGAGCGGCGAGGGCCAGUGGAGAAAUCAAGCUUCCACGGUCCCUUUUCGACCGCUUUCUCGUGAAUGAUCGACAGGGCGGGCUGUCCUGUCGUCCAAACAGGAACCGACACGUUCCACCCAAGGGUUCUGAAGCUUCCUCGGGCGCAUCACCUCGUUGAUUUCUACGCAGGCGACGUGCAAGGCGCGUCGAAGCCGCCCCUGGUAAACGCGCUGGACUGGAUCACGGACGUCUUUUUCAUCGCCGACCUCGCGCUCAACUUUCGCACGGGCUACGUCCGCCGCGAGACCGGCGUCGUCGACCUCGACCCGGCGCGGUCGCGGCGGCAUUACCUUGCGACGUGGUUCGCGCUCGACUUCGUCUCGAGCGUGCCGCCGAUCUUCGGCUGGGUCACAUAUCUUGUCGCCGCCGGGUCGGGCGGCAACCUCUCGCCGCUCCGGAGCGUGAAGCUCGUGCGGCUCCUGCGCAUCAUGAAGCUCAUGAAGAUGCUGCGACUCGCGAAGUUCCUCCGGUUCCGGACAGCGCGCAAAUCGAAUUUCACGGCCAAGAAUGAGUUUGUGAAGAUUAGGGGGCUCACCGCGGGAUUUGCACACAGGUUCCGGAAUGAGGACGGCGCGCUCGCCGAGUUCUGCGAGGACUUCUUCGCGUCGUCGUACUCGAAAGCGCUCCGCCGGACGGCGAACGUGCUCGUCGCGUUCAUGGUCCUGGCGCACUACCUCGGGUGCCUAUUCUCAGUAGCCGGGCGACAGCAUUUAACUGCCUACUACCCGCGCCAGCGCCUCGCGCGCGCGCCGGCGCCCGACGACGACGCGGCCGCGGCGCGGAGGGCGCUGGCGGACGCGACGCGCGGGACGCCGUACGGCGGCGCGCCGGCGGACGCGUGGAGCGUCCGGCGGCAAUAUCUCGCGGCCGUCUACUGGGCGAUCACGACCAUGACGACCGUCGGGUACGGCGACGUCGUGCCGAUCACCGACUCGGAGCGCGCCUUCACGAUUUUCGCGAUGAUCGUCGGCGGCGGCUUCUACGGCUACGUCGUCGCCCAGGCGACGCGCGUCGUCGCGGACUUCGACGCGCAGCGCGGCCCCUACUACCAGAAGAUGGACACGCUGCGGAGCUGGCUCACGUACCACCAGGUGCCCCUCCACGUGCGUCGCCACGUGCGCCGCUACUACCGCACGUAUUUCAGCCACCGGACGGCGUUCGACGAGCGCGCCAUCAUCGACGACCUCGACCCCGUGUCGCGCGAGAAGAUCGCGGACCACGUGCUGCCGUCCUGCAUCCGCCACAACGACCUGUUCGGGGUUUUGCCGCGCGGCGCGCUCUGCAAGCUCAUCGACGUCGUCCGCCUCGUCCACUUUCGCGCCGGCGAGCCCCUCGUCGCCGAGGGCGACCGCUGCGGCUCGAUGUUCGUCCUCUACAGCGGCAAGGUCCGGGUGAAGCGCUGUGGAGACGACGGUCGGGCCGAGGCCACCGAGGAGACGCUCCAGCCGGGCGGCUCGUUCGGCCAGCCCGCGGCGCUCGGCAUCGACUCGCGGUCGCGCGUCUCGGCGCGCGCCGUCGCGCCGUCGAAGGUCUACGUGAUUCCGCAGGACGCACUCCUCGCCAGUUUCGCCUCGCUCCCCGAGGCCCUCCACGCCAUGCGCCAGCACGUCGACCCCGGCUGGCGCCUAACGUACUAGCACUUUACACUCGGCGGGACCACUGUUGCUGACCGAGUCCGCGGGGAGAGGGCUCCGAGGAGCCUCCUUUUGGGCUCCCUCGAUUUAAUUUAAAAACCACCUCCUCUCCUCGUAGGUCGGCGGUGCCCGGGCCAUGCGCGCGAAGGGCGGAGACUCAAAGC